AUGUCAAAAGCAAGAAAUCCAAAAUCGGAUUUAAAAUUUUCCAUCAAAAGUUUAAUCGGUUCCGACACCGAUAAAAUAUUGCAUGCAACAAAACACACACCAACAACUACUACUACUACUUCACGUCAUUUAAAACGAUCUAUUGAUGUUCCUCAGUCGUCCAGUUCUGUCAUCACCGCUGCUACUACAACGACAGGUACAUCAGCUGCUACACUUCGCAUAAGUCACGAAAUUCAUCGUACACGUGUAGCACCUCCAUUACCACAAACUUUGCAACAACAACCACUACCAAAUAACAAUAUUUUCAUUGCAUCUCCCUUAUUUCCAUUUUUGAAUACAGCCGUAGAUAAAAAUUCGUCAAAACAUCCAUGUUGGCAUGUAAAUCCUUCCAUAUUAUCGAAUCUUCAUGAACAAUUAACAAUGUCAUUAAAUCCAGCAUAUUCAUCUGCGAAUUUUAUCAGCAAAAUGAAUCAAUAUUGGGAAUCAAUUCAACAACGUGUACCACAAAUUAUCUCUUCUGAAAAAACAAAUAUUAAUCAACAAAACAUUUAUACGGCAAUAACAACAGCAACAGGAUUGAAUGGUCAAAUAUCACCAUGUACAACAACAACUAGUACAGAGUCUGUUGCAAAUAGAUCAAGUUCAGACAAAUCAGAUAAUAUGAAAUACGGAGAAGAAGAAGACGAAGAAGAGACAACGGAUUAUGAAGAUGACAUUAGUGAUCAACCAAUUGAAAUUGAAAGUGAUGGAGAGGAAGAUCAUUUGGUGGAAAAAGAUUGUUUUGUCGAAAAUAGUGAAGAAAAUGAUAAACUAAAAACGUAUCCAUGUACACAAUGUGGAAAGGUAUUCAGUGCUCAUUAUAAUUUAACACGACAUAUGCCUGUUCAUACUGGUGUUCGACCAUUCAUCUGCAAGGUUUGUGGUAAAGGUUUUCGUCAAGCAUCCACGUUAUGUCGUCAUAAAAUAAUUCAUACAUCGGAGAAACCUCAUGCCUGUCGUAUUUGUGGAAAAGCAUUUAAUCGUUCAUCAACAUUAAAUACUCAUAUGAGAAUACAUCAAAAUUUUAAACCAUGGGUAUGUGAAUAUUGUGGCAAAGGUUUUCAUCAAAAAGGCAACUAUAAAAAUCAUAAAUUGACUCAUUCAACCAUAAAACAAUAUAAAUGUUCAAUUUGUCACAAAGCAUUUCAUCAAAUAUACAAUUUAAAAUUUCAUAUGUAUACACACAGUGAUAUUAAACCGUACACAUGCUCCAUAUGUUCAAAAGGUUUUUGUAGAAAUUUUGAUCUCAAAAAACAUAUGAGAAAUGUUCAUGUUAACGGAGGAGUAGGUGUUGGCGGACUAACAGCGUUAAAUCAUUCGUUUCAUCAUCAUCAUCAUUUUCAUCAUUUGUCAUCGACAACACCGACAAAAACAUCAAAAUUAUCAUCAUCGACAAGUGGAAGUUCUCAUGAUGAAAGUCGAUCAUCAUCAUCACUCGUUGAACAAACGAUAUAUGGUGGACGUAUGUUAUGUCAGAUUUAA